ACGAUAAACUCCAUACAAACGCUCCGCAACUCCAUUACAUAAACUCUCUUUUCUUUCCAUUCACUCUACUAUUCAUUCAUUUGUUUUAAUUCAUAGUUUUUUCUUUAAAUUAUAUUUAAAACUUUUAAUUGUUUUUUAAACAUAAGUUAUUUUAAAAUGAAAUUUAGAUAUAAUUUAAUUGUUGCUUCAAUACUAAUCACUACAACAGCACUCAAUGGAUGUUUAGCACUGGCAGAAGUGUAUGACAGUGAUAAUGGAUGGAGAAGUGGUGAGAGUCCAGUGGACAUGAAUGCGAUGACAGGCGCCGAUCUGAUCAGGAAAUUAAUUGAAACGCCGGCACUCAAUAGGAUAAGUGGUUCGCAAGUCUUGCGAUCUCUUGAUCCGUUAAGUGGAGGGCUUUUAUCGAAAACCCUCAACAGAAUCGCUGGCAUUAGCGGUGAAGAGGUGUUAAAUGCUCUGCAAAAUGGGAGUCUUAGUCCCAAAUAUCUCAGAUUUUCUUUGGAUAGACCCAAGAGAACAAGUCUCGACACCAUGAGUGGUGUUUCCAUAGGAUCAGCCAAAAAGCGGAGUUUGGAUGCGAUGAACGGCAUAGCACUGGGAGAGCCAUCAAAACGGAAUUUCGAUGAAAUAGAUAACACGGGCUUCAGAGGGUUUGCGAAACGGAAUUUCGAUGAAAUAGACAGAUCCGGGUUCGGGGGCUUCGUCAAGAGAAACUUCGAUGAAAUCGAUAGAUCCGGUUUCGGGGGCUUACAUAAGAAGAACUUCGAUGAGAUCGAUAGGUCGGCCUUCAAUGGAUUCAAUAAACGAAAUUUCGACGAAAUCGACAGAUCAGGGUUCGGCGGUUUCGUCAAAAAGCGUGAAAUACAAAGCGACAAAUCGGUCAAACCCUUACGCGAUGUAAUUAAAGAGUUGGGCGGUUGGCCAGUACUCAACCAGAAGUGGUUGACUCCUAAACAUAAACUCGAAGUCCUGUUGGGAAAUUUGAGAGGAGAGUACAAUCAGGGACUUAUUGUGGAGCAAUGGGUUGGACCCGACGAUCGCAAUUCUUCAGUUAAUAUAAUACAAUUGGAUCAAAUGUCUUUAGGUCUUCCCAGUAGAGACUACUUUCUGAAGGAGACGAGCCUCAGGGAAAGGGAGGCCUAUUUGAAGCUUAUGGUGGAAAUUGCAGUUCUGUUGGGCGCUAACAAGUCAUAUGCUUUCCAAGAAAUGUCAAAAGUAUCAAUGCCUGAGGCGGACAGACACGACACGGGAGCCAUAUAUAAGAAGCUGACGCUCAGAGAACUCAAGUCAUUGAUACCAGAAUUUGAUUGGAUUCUGUAUUUGAAUACUCUUUUGCCGACCCCUGUCUUUACAGACGAAGAAAUAGUCAUUUACUCCAUUGAAUACUUUCAAGAGAUGGGAAAAAUUAUAGCCAGACAUGACUCUAAAGUUAUUCACAAUUACGUGAUCUGGAGAUUCGUGAAAUACAUUCUUCCAUAUCUUGACGGAGAAUAUGCGGUCGUUAGGACUGAAUUCAAGAAGAUUUUACUCGGAAUAUCCGCGGAUCGGAUCCGUUGGAACCAAUGCGUCGAAUUAGUGAAUAAGAAGAUGGGAAUGGCUGUCGGGGCCCUCUUUAUUAGAGACAACUUUGAUCCCAAAAGCAAAGAAACCGCUCUCGAGAUGAUUCACAACAUAAGGAAUGCUUUCAAUGAACUCUUGACUCUUAAUGAAUGGAUGGAUGAGCUGACAAUACAGGUGGCAAGGGAAAAGGCAAAUUCAAUCAACGAGAGAAUCGGUUACCCGGACCUCCUAACAAACCCAAUUGAACUCUCUAAAGAAUACCAAUUAUUGACAGUAUUUGAAGACCAGUUUUUGCAGAGCAUAUUAGGAGUACUGAAAUACGAGUCGGCAAAGAAUCUCUUGAAAUUGCGUCAACCCGUCAACAAAGACCGCUGGACUACAGAGCCGGCGGUUGUCAACGCUUUCUACAAUCCAAACAAAAACGAUAUCGUAUUUCCGGCCGGAAUUUUACAGCCGCUCUUCUAUUCCCAACACUUCCCGAAUUUCGACGAUAAGGGCCGACAAUUCGAUAGGGAGGGGAACCUAAAGCAGUGGUGGAAUAACGCCACUAUCAAGCGGUUCAGACAGAGGGCUCAGUGUAUUAUAGACCAGUACUCCAGUUAUGUUCUCGAAGACAUCAGGAUGAAUGUGAACGGAAAGAUGACUCAGGGUGAGAAUAUCGCCGAUAACGGUGGUCUCAAACAGGCCUACCGAGUGAGUCUAAUUAGUUUGAUGUAA